CCUUUGGUAGUCCGCCAUUUUGGGAGUCAAAACAGCCAACAAACAGCAGCGCACACCUCCACGCUUCUCCGUGGCCUUACUAUGGUUCACACAUGUGUGGUGGCAGGCUGUAGGAACAGAAGGACACCGGGCACCACCUUAUCUUUCUACCGUUUCCCCCGGGACCCCGAGAGGAAGCAGCGCUGGAUAGCUGCUGUGAACAGAGAGGGCUGGGUGCCGAACGACGGCAGCCGGCUGUGUAGUACUCACUUCAUCUCAGGUAAACAGGUGAAGAAUCCACGUUCGCCAGAUUAUGUUCCGUCUGUGUUCACGGCAGCUCCCUUAUCCCCAGAGAUGAAAGAGCCAGGGACCUUAGAGAUCCUGGACAAGCAGGAAGCACGCGUGGAGGCGGCCAACGCCUUGUUGUUCCUGCAGGGUCAGGGCAGGUCCGUGGUGGGGGAGCGGGGCCAGGAAGAGCAUCCUGAGGAGAGGGAGCAAGAGGCCAUCGUGGAGGAAAGUGCUUCCUCUUCCCUCAGCGCAGAUGAAGAUGACGAUGAGGAUGUUGAAUCUAUGAGUGACAGCAAGAAAGGGAAGUUUGCUCAGACGUCUGAUGUGCCGGUUAACUUUGACGAUAUCGUGAAAGCCCUGAAGAAGGAGAACCAGACCCUCAGGGAGUCAGUGGAGAAAAUGUCCCUGUCUGAGAGCUCCUUGAGGAACGAUGCAGAGAAAGUGAAGUUUUACACUGGUUUACCAAACUACUUUGUCCUAGAGACAGUCAUGUGGCUGCUGGCACCUCACAUGGACGGGAUGAAGAACGUGAAGCUCUCCAAGUUCCAGCAGUUGCUGCUCACACUGAUGCGACUCCGUCUGGACCUCCGCAACCAAGAUCUGGCCUAUCGCUUCGGUGUGAAAGUCAGCAUGGUAACGAGGACAGUGCACCAGAUGGUCAGCAUCAUGUCCUCCACUCUGGUGCCCACAGCCGUCUUCUGGCCCUCUAGAGCUGAGCUCCGGAAAAACCUGCCAGCAGCUCUGCGCACCUCCCACCCUGACUGCGCUGUCAUCGUAGACUGUUUCACGGUGCCUUUUGAGGAGCCGGUUUCCCGGGGUAACCAGCAGCACCAGCAACAGCAGAGGGUGGUGCCAAGCUCUCAGGUUGUGGGGACAAGUCAUAAUGUGCUAAAGUAUCUGAUUGGUGUGGCUCCGCAAGGCGUUGUCACCUUCGUCUCUAGGGGCGUGCUGGGAAACGUCAGUGACAAAAGCCUGGCUGAGGGCUGCGGCCUUCUGUGCAAGCUUCUCCCAGGCGACGUCGUAUUGGCGAGUCGCGAUCUCAACAUCGCCGAUUCCGUGGCCGCCCGCGGAGCCCUGUUCAAAAUCGCCAGCAGCUACCAAUCAGGGGCGUACGGGAGCUCAGGGGGCUCCGAUACUUGCUCUGAGACAGUGAGUGUGCAGAGGCAUGUGGACAGGGUGAUCUCCAUGGUGAAGCAGAGGUACGUCAUGCUCACAGGCCCUGUCGAAAGCCCCUUCACCGCGGCCUCUGAGCGCACGUCAAACCUCUCAACCUUUGAUAAGAUCGUACAAGUUGCCUGUGCCUUAAACAACCUGUGCAUCUCUGCUGCUCCACUAGAGUGAUGCGUACAGAAAUGCCUCAUACUUCUUAAUGCUGGUCAGGCACAUAAGUUCCCUUUACUGCUUUGGACCUUAUUUCACGUUCUCCCAUUACAUUCUCAUGUCAGCACGACAUGAUUACUACAGAAAAACGAUUUACACUCAUCCACUUUAAUUUACACUCACAGUGCAUGUGUCUCCUUGUUAUCUGGGGUCAGAUAAAAACACUUCCCUCAAAUCCAAAAACCACAUUGUUAAGAUGUGAUGUCAUGAAGUUAUGCAACUGGGCUGAUAGAGAAUGGCAGGCUUGCAAAGGAUGUUAUUAAUUUAUUUAGGCUAUGAAUGACAGCUAUGUGAGUGAAUUGUACCUUUUAGCCAUUUGUAAAUACUGAAGUAUGCAGACAAUGUUCCCACUAACGCAGUCCUCUGUCUGCAAGUGUUUUUUUCUAUCCCCAAUGAAUACUAGAGGAGCUGACUUCACUGGUUUCUCCCUUCCUCUGUUGCGGAGAGGGGGUUUGUCGGCUAGCUAACAAAACCAGCUGUUUUGUUGCUUCCCUGCUUAUAAAUCAAGGACAGUACACACAAUGCACAGAUAUAUAAAGCAGGUUAAAAUAAGAACAGCAUGCACAUAGGUAAGAGUUUCACCACGCAGGGAUAGACACACGUCACGGUUAAUGAGUGCUUGGAGGCAUUAUUGGCCGUAAACUUACAUUUUUUGGGGGGCAUUUCACACAUUUUUGCCUGCCAGCUAGAUUUUAUAAGAAUAGAAUACAAUCACCGCGGGAUGAUUAGCUACCUGUUACCACCCACACAACAAUUUACUGCCAUAUGGCCGGGGUCUGGUGUUAAUUUAUCUGCUGCUCUCCGGGCUUAGUAGAAACGGCUCACUUCCAGGAGUUCUCAACAAUAGCUCACUGGUUUACUGCACAUUGCCGAGUGGCAGAUGUUCUCUUCAACAGGGCUUUACUGGUUUUUGAAGACUUUUUACACAAUAAACAGCCCCUUCUGCAGAAACUUAAACUGCUGUGUGGUAAAAUAACUGAAACGGACCAAAAAAAUGAAAUGGUUUUUCACCACAGGGCACCUCGUGGAGUGUUAGGCGGGGGGUGGAUGGACUCCGUGGUUUCCAACCUGGGCUGUUUAAUUAACAAUGAUGUCAAUAUUUACCACGCCACUAGUGUUUAAAGAUGUUCCUGCUGUUUUUUUUUAAGUAUUCAGUUCAGUGUUUUGCCAGAAUGCCUUCUUAUUUAAUACAAAGGUUCAGUUUUCUAAAAGAUGCUGAUGAGAAAGGAUGAUUAUUUUUGUUUACAAUGUUUCCGUUUUCCAUAAUCAUGCGUUGGCCACCGACAGAUCUCCAAGAAAAACUUUAUAUGCAGGCAUCUGUGUGCUGGAAUCAAACUCUGUUCUCUUGUACAUGCUUCUGCGAUUCUUUACGGUCAUGGUGAAUCAAAGUAUCGUUACAAGUGAUUGAAAUAAAUGAGUUGUGAAAGCAGGAAUUUCCCAAAGGCAACCAGAGUAUUGUUGUUGUUCUUCUCCCCACACACACACACACACACACACUGAAGUGUUUUUCACGAAGCUGAGCGUGUCAGCAUUUGGAGAAUGUACACUUAAUUUGCGACUGUGUCGCUCAGUGUGUGCUGUUCUAAUUGAUUGUAACUGUUGUGAACCAUGAGGACAUACCACAGAGGCUGUUCUGUUAGUUACAGGACAGGGCUGGAGGCGAUUCUCAAGAAAGGCCAAGCUGGUCACUGAUGUGCAAAUUUGAUGUUUUUAAUAGUUUGUGGAAUGAAGUUAGGAUGUGUGCUCACACUUAAACAAAAAAAUCUGUUUUGAUAUUCACUUUAUAUAUUGACGUCUGUUCAUGGUUUCAGAGUUAUCUGCUUAGAGCAGGACCCCGCUUAUCGAGACACGUCUCCUGUUGUCCUGCGUUUGCUGGUGCCUUAGUUUGUAAAACUGGUACUGCUGUUACAAAUGAGCCUGCGUUUUUUUUUCUACAAAUAUUUAUUUUUGCAUCAUACAUGCUUUAGAGCCAUCUCCGGUUUGUUUAGUGAGUUUAACAUGCAAAAACAGCAAAACAAAACAUCCCUUCUCAUUACUCACAAAGUAAGAUAUGUUCCAAUCAUUUUCUGUUUUUAUAUUGAUCACUUCUACAAUUUAAAGUGUAUAAACUCUAAAUGAUUGGGCGAUUCUGGCCUCCCCAUCACCUAUUCAUUCCUGAUGUUGGACACCCCGUUGGGCAUUAUACUUUGAUUAUGAGUUAUAUCUCUCAGAAAGGUUUUGAAGGGUUAAACAUUACAACAGCUGAUUUUCUGCUUUGGUCCAGAACCUGAAAUUAAUUGUAAAGUUUUUCACACGAUGAGAAGCUUUUUUUUUUCAGAUAGGCACACUAUGGUAGUGGAUGUUUUUCAUGUACUCCUAGAGUUCCUUAAGGACAUCAAACUGUCCUCUCUUCCUGUGAUGUAUUUGUUUCUCUUAAUGCUUUAUGUUGGUGAGGUGGCACUAAUGGACAACUAUCAGUCUUGUGUUUACUCCAAACAAACCAGAAAUGAACACUGCUAAGAUUGAUGGAGAGCUGUAUGAAAAAUUCAGAAAUAAUUAUUUCACUUUUCAGCUUUUAACUUCAUGAAUGAUUUCUUUGAUGAACAGACAUGCUUCAUACUAUGGUGAGUGCUGGUUGAUUAAAGGAGGGAAGACCAUGUGAUGGGUACAAAAACAAAAAAACAACCAAAUUAUUAUUUCCUCUUCUU